AUGUUCCACCCUUUUCCGCAACAAUUUCCUCUUUUGACCGUUCUUGCGGAGCGAACAACAGCAACCCCCCUGGAAGCCGCCGCUGCUGAUGAAGCAAAAGCCAACGACCCUCAUCUUUUCUUGCGGCUUGCCGACCGUCUGGUCUUUUGCCUCCUUACCAGCAACGGUAAUACUCAAAACAUGACGCCUGCCAGGCUCAUCCCCGCCACUGCAUCUGCCAUCUCAAUCAACAACUACUUUCUCAUCAACCGUCCACUCACGGCUUCUGGAACGCUUCGCAUUGCGCUGGGCUUCCUCGUGAGUGUCGUCCUACGCGCCACUCAUAUCCAAUCUUCGCCCUCCUUCGGCCCCUCGGCCUCUUCUAACCCUCCACUCCAUCCAUCAUUGCUGCUGGAAUUGCUCCGAAACCCCAAUGGAUUAAGAAUUUGGAGUGACCAUGAGGAUAUUCCCCAAUUUGGAGAACUAUCCUCUCUAGGGAUACAACACCAUUACACUAGUAGCCUUUGGCACAUGAUGCAAGGGUUAAAGCGGGAAGCUAACGGCGAGGGUAAAACUUGCCUUAGACCGCUGCACAUCCGUUUGAUGGCCACAAGCGAUCACUCGAGGGAAAAUCCCAUCAACCGAGGCACCUUUUGGGCUAACCGACAUGUCAUCGAUUUGUCUGCCAUACACCUGAGUUACCGUUACAUUUGUUUUCACUCCAUUCUAGUUCUUCCCAUCCUCCUUGUACCCAAGCUUCCUCAGCUUACCCUGUCUUCUCUUCGACCUUGUGUGCGUGUGAGUCUGAGUGGACUCCAAAUCUGA